AUGAUCCAGAAACAAAAUUAUCAGAUACUUUAUUAAGAUGGAGGGAAAAUUUGGCAAUGGUAAACAAUGUAUAGAUGGAAUUAAACCAAUUAGUUUACAGAAAUGUAAGUUUGGUACUAUAUCAUUAGUGGAGGGGGUUUAUAUGAUAAAAAGAGGAAGAAUAAAGGGUAUUGGAUUGAUAUAUAUGAAUAAUUCUGGAAGUACUAUGAUAAGCAUAAUAAUUUAAAAGUUGGAUGUAGGUUAAAUUUAUUGGCGGAUAUUAUAAAGGAUUGAAAGUAGGAAAAUGGGAUACUAUAUAUGAUGAGAAAGUUAUGUAAGAUAAUUAAUUAUUUCAGAGGAGGAGGUUUAUAUAAUCAAGAUAAAAUUAAGAUUGGCAAAUGGAUUGAGUUGGCUGAAAAUUAUAAUAAGUAUUUUUAUUUUUUUCUAGGUUGUAAGAGCUUGUUGAGUAACUUUACUGGUGAAUAUAAAAUCAGGAAGAUGGAAUAUUUUAAAUGAAGAUUAAGUGAUGUAAAGAUAGAUAAUAUAAUUAAGUGGAGGUGGUGAUUACAAUUAAGAAGGAAAAAAGAAUGGAUAUUGGAUUGAUUUACAUGAAAAUUUUAAUAAGUUUAAUCAAUUUGUUAAUUUUUAAAGCUAUUGUGUAGUCACAUAUUCAGGCAUUUAUUCUAAUGGAUUCAAAUAAGGAAGAUGGAUAUUACCUAUUAAAAUGAUGUGAUGUAAUUAUAUUUAAAUUAACAUAAGUGGAGGUGGUUGCUAUGAUGAGUAGGGCAGAAAAUUUGGUUAAUGGAUUGAAUUAGAUGAAAAAUUUAACGAUUCUUGGCUAAAUCCUUCGAAUGGAAUGGCAAAAUCUUUUGGCUAAAAAGUGGUAUUGAUUUGA